AGAACGGCGAGCACUCUGCUGUCGCCAUAAAAUAGAGCUAGCUAAUCGCUUCCACCGUCCAACAGACAUCUCUGCCUGCUUCCCACCCCACCAAUAACAAACUGACGGCCAUCGUCUAUCAGACGACACGAGCAGAGAGAGUUAAACAAAUUUCCCUGGCCAAAUCUUGGAUGCUUCCAACAGCGUUCACCUACUCCAUUGUCCAUGGCUGUGGCUGUGUCUGUGUGCAUGCGGAGCGGAGAGCACUCGAGAGUUUCGCUCGCACCGGCUCCAUUUGCGAACCUACUACACAUAGCGAGCAACUCCCCAGAUUAGCCAUACCAGCCCAGCCGCAGGCCUUCCAUAGCCAUUAACCAGAACCGACCGAGCAACAGAGGUGGAGGAGAGAGCGCGCUGAGAGAUGGAUGGCUACAGCAACCUGGCCUUGUCCCCUCCGACUCCGACUCCGACUCCGACGGCGAGCGGCGCUCCCAGGGCGGCGAGGCCGUCGAUGGAGCUGACCAACACGAAGGAGACCAAGGCGUGGGAGGGCCUGGCCAUCGGCGCGGUCACGCUGGCCCGGACCUUCUCCACGGGCUCGCACAGGUUCUGCAGGUCCGGCAGCGAGAGGAGGAACCAUAGCCGGAGCGGCCUGCUGAGGCGGGCCUUCUCCAUGCGCCGCCACCCCGCGGGCCUCCUCGGCGCCGGGGACGGGUACUGGAGGAUCCACGACAUGGACGGGGACAGCGACCGCGGCGGUGGCGGUGGCACGGUCGUCGUCGAGGAGCACGGCGAGGGCGAGGAAGGAGACGAAGACGAAGCAGCGGCUGCCGAGGAGGAGGUGCAGAAGAACAAGAAGACGGAGCAGCGAGACGAGGACGCGGCGGCAGGGAAAGGGAAGGAGGAAGCGGCCGCCGAGCGGAGGGACAAGAAGAAGCGGCGGGGUGGCAUCUUCAAGGCGUGCAAGAAGCUUUUCCGGUUGUAGAUAAUAAUGGCAUCUGCAGCUGCUGCUGCUGCUGCAAACAGAAUUGUGUCCAGUUGAUGAUCUGCAUGCAGUGCAGUGCAGUGCUCAUAUAUAUUUGAUCCUUUUUUCUUCUUUGGUU